GGGAAUCGGGCACCCCAAAAAGCGGGAUCUGGAACCUGUUGCAAACUUCAGGACUAAGGCGAGUCUGGAGAGCCCCGCUCAGCACGUGGUUCCCAGAAACUUCGAAAGGUCUCGCAGUCUGACUCCGGGCUCUAAGAGAAUAAGAGAGGAAAUCGGGAAGAUUUCAGCACCGCUCCAAAGUCCAGCCCCGGCCGGGGGCUGGGGAGCAGGGAAGGGGCGCGACCAGCUGCGACCACAGUGAGUGUUCAGGGACGCUUAGCUGCCUGUGCAGGACGUGGGCCAGGUUCGCUAGGAGUGAAAGGGUUCAGGAAAACCGCCCGGAGGGCACGUGGAGCGGGACGCCGGCCGAGAGCAUGAGCAUGAGAGUGGUAUCACCCCGACUUUGGGGGGUAUACUGAGGCCUGGGGGCCGCAGCCUUUAUUGCUGUUCCACCUGUCACUUCGGACACUGGGGAGCGAAGGACAGAGGCGCCAGAGUUGACAGCUCCGUGCUCUGACCACCCCUCCCCGCCCCCUUUCCAGUUCCGCUCCCCGCCCCAAACGGCGCCGUUCCCCUUUUAAAGAAGCGCCCGGGGCUCCCAUCUUCUCCGCGCCAGUUCGCGCGGGGCUGCAGCGACGUUGCCCUUUUAAGAACCAGCCUCCUUUAACUCUCUCCUAACGGGGCGUCCCGGAGGGGCUUGCGGCGCCCAACACAAGCCCGCCUCCCCUCGCGGCACUUCCGGACCCCGGCGUCGCCCUUUUAAGAGGCAGCCCCCAGCAGCGCUCCCCCCGCCCCCUGUUGCCGGCGCGCGAGGUGGGGGAGCCGGGCUGGAGCGGAGCGCGCCGUCCGCGCGGCCACUGGAGACCGGGCGGCCGGCGGCCGAGCAGGCGGCGGCGGCGGAUGGGGACGCGGAGCCGGGCGGCUGUGGCGGCUGUGGCUGUGGCGGCGGCAGGGAAGCAGCUGACGGGCCGGCGGCGGCGGCGGCGCUGGCGGCAGUGACUGGUCCAGGCCCCGGCGGCGGCUGCAGCGACGCGGUGGAGGGCUGCGGGCGAGCGGCGUGAGGAGCAGCGGAGGAGCGCGGAGCUGCCGAGAGCCGGGGGCGCCGGGCCGCCCCUUGUCCAGUCCUCGCAGGCCGCCAGGCCCCCUCCAGCCGGGGCCGUGGAGCACCGGGGCAAAGGCCGGGGCCCCCCCAUGAAGGAGCGCGACGCGGCCCCGGCCGAGCGGGGCAAGCCGGCCACCUACACCGGGGACAAGAAGGCGAAGAUGGCGGCCAAGACCAACAAGAAGUGGGUCCGGCUCGCCACCGUGUUUGCCUACGUGCUCUCCGUGUCGCUGGCCGCCAUCGUGCUCGCCGUCUACUACAGCCUCAUCUGGCAGCCGGUGGGCGCCGGGACCUCGGGGGGAGCCGCCGGCCCGCCCCCCGGCGGCUCCAACGCCACCGGCCCGUCCGGGACUUCGGGGGCGGCGGCCGGGCCCAAUGCCACAGGGUCGUCCCGCCGCGAGGCACCGCGCGACGCGCCCCCGCUGCAGGCGGCGCGGCCCAUGCCUCCGGAGCCCUCUGCAGACAGUCCCCCGGCCGGGCCGCUGGAGCGGCCGCGGGGACCGGAGGAGGACGAGGAGGAAGCGGCGGCGGCGCCCGGGAGUCGUUGAGCCCCUCCGCGCCAGGGGCGGCCGGGAACCAUUCUCCCCUCCCCACGGCCGGAGGCAGGACUUUGCAGCAGGACGGGGCGGGGAGCCCGCGGGAGUGACCCCCACGGGAGUGAACGCCCUCUCUCCCCGCAACGAUCGCCACCUCGCCCGGGGAGCCAGGGGCCUGCAUCCCGAUCUUCAAGCCAAGGGACCACGAUUCGCCGGGGGCUCGGGGUUUGGUCUUCCCAGGACCGUGCUGCGCCAGGGCUCUGAGCCAUAAAGGGAAUGGGGGGAGGGGUGGGGAGAUCCCAGCUCCGAACCCUUUUUCGCCGCUAGCUCUUGUGUAUCCUACGUGCAGGAGUGACUCGGGCUUUCCCCCAAGACUCAGGGGAAGGAGGGAGCUGUAGGGGCUCUUUAAUAAGCUGAAGCUCUCACAAGGAGGAGGGCACCAAAAGUAGUGGAGCUCAGGUACGUCAACCUAGUUGCAGUGGCCACAGAUGCAUUUAAUUUAUAGAUCCCUGUAUAUAGAUGUUGACAUAUGCACUAGAAGCUAUAAUUACACAGAACUAUAUGUAUCCUCCCACAACCCUGGUUAGCUUCUGACCGAUGGGGUCACGCAAGGGCUAUUUGCUGGCCCCCAAAGUGCAGCUAACCAGAAGGGCACAAACACUGUUUUUUUUUUUCAUCAUCCACUCUCUCCUUUACCCCCUCCUAUUUCAGAAAGAUAGGUUUAUGGCCCAAAAGAGUAUAAUCAUUCUUAGACUUGAGAGGACAGUGGGAAACCUUAGAAGAAGUAGAAGCAAUUUAGGGAGGGUGGAGAACAAACUAAUCCCCUCCUCUUCCCACCCUAGUGCCCCCACGGAAGAGGCUUCCUGUUGCGGCCCUAAGUAUCUGGAUAUGGGCCAGGGAAGAAGGAAGGGAAAGAGCAAUGCCUCUGUGCUUCAAUCCUUGGCCUUCUCCUCACAGAGUUCUUUUAGGAAGAGCAAGCUUUUAAUCCUUUGAACUUGCCGGAGAACAUCUGGGAAUCCAGUCCCCUGUCCCCAUCCCUGCAUUUUGGACUGUUUAAUCCACUUUGGGAUGGAUCAAAGAGUCUAGAGAGACCACUCAUAGGUCCAGCUGCUGGCCUCCAGACUCUAAAGCCUUCACUGGAAUUGGGACAUUAGCUCCAGCUCUAGCUGUGAACAUGACCAGAGACAUUAUUUAUAAUUCAGCCAUUUAAGAUAUACCUGUACUCAAAAAGUCCUGUAUAUUUUUUAAAAGUUUUAUUUUUCAGGUGAACAAAAAUACAUUCUAAGAACUCUACAUAA